AUUACAAAUACAACUUAACAACUGCACAUUUGUUGUGAUUACUUUGUUAAAAGUCCAAUUAUUUUUGUUGUUAAAAUGUGAGUUUAUGACCUACUGGUAUCUCAGCAACAGUACAGUGACAGGAGCCACCUGUGUGUUUGUGUGUGUGUAUGUCCAUGCAGAUAAAACUAUAGUAUUUGUGAAUUGUCUGCCUGUGUGUGUGAGUGCGUGUGUGUGUGUGGCACCAUGUCGGUUCAUGGGAACAGCUUGACGGUGCGACGCUACCUCACCUUUGCUACGGGUCUGGUAGAGUGUCUGUGUUUCGCUGGAGCAGUGUUUGGAUGGGCUUCUCUUGUUUUUGUCCUGAAGACGGAGGGCUACUUCAGCUCUCUGUGUGUCAACACUACAGCAGUCAAUGCAACGCAGGUCCUAGAUUGCAGUGGACAGGACGAACAGUUCUCUCUUGUUUUCACCAUCGCAUCCUUUAUGAACAAUUUUCUGACGCUGCCCUCUGGUUUCCUCUUUGACCAGUUUGGUACAACAGUGGCUCGGCUCUUUGGAACAUUUCUUUACACCAUGGGUACCUUGAUGGUAGCUUUCUCAACUGCAGCUUUGUCCAACCUGCUCUUCCCAGCUAUUUCCCUCCUGGCAGCGGGUGGCAUCUUGUUUCUAAUGACCAACAUGCAGGUAGGAAACCUGUUCGGCUCACGUCGCUCCACCAUCAUCACUCUCUAUAACGGGGCAUUCGACUCUUCGUCAGCACUCUUCCUUGUCAUCAAGCUGUUACACGAGGCUGGUGUCUCUCUCCGCUCCUCCCUUAUUUUCUUGUCCUCCUGCAGCGUCAUUCACCUGCUCAGGACUUUCUUCCUGCUUCCCAGAGACCACAUUCCCUACCCGCUGCCUGAUGACUACACAUACGGGAUAACCUGUGGCAAAUCAAAAAGUCUGAUCUCAGCGAAUGGUAACUCACCUAAGACGAAAGAAGAAAUGAUUCUUAACAAGGACGUCCCUGUAAAACAAGAGAAGAGUUUCCGUGAGUGUUUGAUGUCCAGGCUCUUUGUGUGGCACACGGUUUGGCUGUCAGUGAUGCAGCUCAGACAUUACCUCUUCAUCGGCACCCUCAACCCCAUGCUGCAGCGUCUGACGGCUGGAGAGCCUUCACUGGUGAGCCAGUACAUCAAUGCCUUUGCUAUAACACAGCUGUGUGGCGUCUUCUGUGCUCCCUGGAACGGUCUCAUCAUAGACAGACUAAAGGGCAAACCUCGUGCUGAAGGAGAGAGUGAACAGGAAGUAGAUCUGCGCGCCACUGUGCUUUCACUCUUCCUCACUGUUCUGCAGUGUGUGUUAUUCUCAGUUUGCGCCGCCACCCCAUACUUGCCACUUCAGUACCUCACCUAUAUCCUGCAGGUGAUCAACCGCUCCUUCCUCUAUGGCGGCAACGCAGCCUUCCUCAGUGUGGCUUUCCCGUCGUGCCACUUUGGGAAACUGUAUGGUCUAGUCAUGGCUCUGUCUGCAGUGUUUUCUUUGCUGCAGUAUCCUUUCUUUGCCCUGGUGAAUGGACCUCUCGGUGGAGACCCUCUAUAUGUGAACAUCGGUCUGACGCUGCUCAGCCUGCUCGCCUUCAUCCAUCCCCUCUCUGUCUUCCUGCAUUGUCGAAGUCUCGCCUCCCAGCGAGCCAUCAAUGCCUCCUCUUAAAGUUUGUAAAAUGAGACUUGCACUUAAAAUGUCCUCAAAAUCAUAAUUCGUAGAGCUAAUUUGUCUGUGUUGUGUUGUCAUAUGCAUCUCCAAAGCUUGUAAAUGCUUUUCAUAUUGCAGUGAGGUAUGGUUUUGGGUGCAUUCAGAGCGCAUUCACCACACUCUCGGAUCAAGUUCACUGCAUUUGUUAGCAUUGUCUGUUUUUACAGUUAAAAUUCCAUGUGCUGGCUGCUUUCCAUGACUGGGAAAGUUCUUAUGUUUUAUGCUCUAUGUAAUCUUAUAAUUUAACGUAUGUAUUCAUGUAUUUUCUUUGAUAUUCAGUGCAAUACUGGCCACCUAUCACGCUAUGGUUGGAUUCAGAGUGCCAAAAGAUAAUACACUUUAUUGUAAAAGCUGAAAAUGUUACAGACAAUGCUUCUAUCAGGGUUGACCUCUUCAAGUUCUCUCUCUCUCUCUCUCUCUCUCUCUCUCUCUCUCUCUCUCUCUCUCUC